AUGUCUCCUUCUCGUACUUCAAUGGGCAUGCUAGCUCUGACCGCCACAAUGGUGACACGCGUUUCGGCCUCCCUGCAGACCUGCUCAAGCUCCAGUACUUAUAGCUGCGAGAGCUCGUCCACGACGGCCACCUGCUGCUUCAACUACCCUGGAGGUGCUUUGCUACAGACCCAGUUCUGGGAUACCGACCCUGCAACCGGUCCCACUGAUUCCUGGACUAUUCACGGCCUGUGGCCCGACAACUGUGACGGUAGCUAUCAGUCCUACUGCGACUCCUCGCGCGAGUACUCCAACAUCACCGAGAUCCUGGAGGCACAGGACCGCACCGAGCUGCUGUCCUACAUGCAGGAGUACUGGCUGAGCGACUCCGGUAGUGACGAGACCUUCUGGGAGCACGAGUGGAACAAGCACGGCACCUGUAUCAACACUAUCGAUCCCAGCUGCUACAGCGAUUACACUUCCCAGGAGGAGGUUGGUGAUUUCUUCCAAAAGGUGGUGGAUCUGUUCAAAAGUCUGGAUACAUAUACGGCCCUCUCCAAUGCUGGCAUCACACCGAGCAGCUCCAAGACAUACACUCUGAGCGAGAUCCAGUCCGCCCUGAGUGAUCUGCAUGACGGUGCGGAGGUCUACCUUGGCUGCGAUAGCAGCACCCUCAACGAGGUCUGGUAUUUCUUCAACGUGGCGGGUAAUGCCAUCGAUGGUGACUAUAAGGCCACCGACACUCUGACCACGUCGAGCUGCCCGUCCAGCGGGAUCAAGUACACACCUAAGAGCAGCUAA